UCAGCCCAUAAAUUUGACUCCCAUUUUUUUUAUCAUCAUCAACCCAUCAAGGCGAAGGAAGUACCAAGUGCAAGCUCAUCAAUCAUGGAGAAGCCGCUGUUAUCAGGAAAAUCGGAAACCCUAAGUAGCGAGCAGGGAGAUAGUGAAAGAUGGAGUUCAUCGUACGCGUUUGCUGGAAAGGAAGUCAGCGUGGAUGAGAUUCGAUCUGCCGCGGCAGCUGCAGCCUCCAUUUCCUACCCUCCUAUCCCCCUUACUCCUCCCUUGAUCGGCUUUACCCAACCCCAUCACUAUGUCAACUGUCAGGGUGGAUAUUUUGGAGAAGUGGCCAGAGCUACUGGUGACAUAAGAAGACAAGUGCUAGAUGAGGUAGAGAUACGAGAGUUGCUUAUAGAUCAAGUUGGUCAUCGUUGCUGUUGGGGAAGUCGUCCUGCUCGAACCUGGAAAAUCCAUGCAGUAGAGGACUGCAAUGUAUACGCCGGAACUCUUGACACUUUCAUAGAAGAGAGGGAAACAACCACAGAAACAGAGCCAUACUUUGGUGGCAGCAUUGAAGGACAUGAUAAAAAACCUGAAAUGGGAUUAUGGGAAUUGGAUUUAAGGUCUGAAUUUCCUGUCUUCUUCACACCUUAUAAAGAAUCACGUAUAAGAGUUCCUCACUCUGAAAGUAUAGGAAAAUGCCCCGGCUGUCACGGACGAGGAAGUGUGGUCUGUCCUACUUGUAAUGCAGAUCAAGACCCCGGAUUCUAUAGGGAAGGCCAAACGUCUCAAUGUCCCGUGUGUUAUGGGAGAGGCCUUAUUGCUCAUAAAGAUGGAUCUGACACUGUAUGUCAAAACUGUAAAGGUAACGGAAAACUUUCUUGCGCCACUUGCGAGUCGCGUGGUCUGAUGAAAUGUCAGACCUGCCAGGGCAGUGGCUCCAUGGUGUCACGCAUAGUUGCUGUUGUCAGGUGGAAGACGGUGUCGGCCCGGAGAGUGAGUGCCGCCAGCGGAGCCGCCUCGGUGCCGGACGACGUCUUCCACAGAGCUAAAGGAGUUGAGUUGUGGAACAACCAAGCAGCAUACCAGUGCACUCCUGCCCAUUUCUCAGACUCAUAUUUCCUCAACAGGUUCUCAUCAGAAGUAAUUGCAGAGAGGGGCCCGGUGCCGCCCCUUGCGAGGGUCAUAUGCGAGAGGCAUGUCAUAUCUGUCGUCCCGGUGACGCGCGUGACCAUGACCGCGCAUCACCGGAACCGCUCAUUCAGCUUCUAUAUAAUCGGACACCGGAGGGAGGUGUACCUACGGGACACCGACUACCCUUCAACAUUUUGCUGGGGUCUGUGCCCUUGCUUUGAUUGGUUGUAACCAAUGUAUACUCAGAGGUUGCAGCUUUUGCUGGGGUCUUCAGUAGCUGGGUUUUUGAAGGCUCUCUCACAAAUGUCUUGAGGUAGUAAUGGAUAUCUAUUAAGUGGCUCCAGGGUUUUAGACUCAUGCAGGCAAAGAUGGCUUUUAUUGCCCUGAUACCAAUUUGUUAAGGUCGCUACUCUAGGAUCUCGUCCACUAUGGAUCAUAGAAGUUCUUCUUGCCGGGCUUGUAAAAGGGGAACAAGGUGGUGACUCGUUCCUAGAAUAAUUGUGUUUGCUAGUGACAUUAUUCUCUCUGUCCAUAAAUUUCUUUUUCAUUUGAGUGUUUACGAUCUCUCAUAUAAUACUAGCCCCGAAAAAUGAUAAAAUUGGUCUGGUCCA